AUCCCAAAUCACAAUCGAAGCUCUGCGGCUUUCCGUCUACGAAUCGCGCUCUCUCUGUCUAUCGCUCUCCGCAAAUAUCUUCACUUCGUUGCUGCCACACAAGUCACAGUAGCGCCACCGUCUGUGUAACUCUUUGGCUCAGAUUCCUUCUUCUUCUUCAUUGCACUUUCCCUUGUCUACCAUUUCUAGGGUUAGGGCUAAUCUCGCUGUGGAGGAGGCAACGGCUGUUUGGUGUUGGUUGUGGUGGUGUUUAUCAUUCAAUCAGUGAAACUAGGUCUUAAUAAGAAUUAAUUAACAUGAGUUCAGACAGCAGGAGCCGGAGCCGGAGCAGGAGCCCUUCAGAUCGGAAGAUCCGUUCUGAUCGUUUUUCCUACCGUGAUGCACCUUACAGGAGAGAUGGAGGACGUCGGGGUUUCAGCCGAGACAACCUGUGCAAGAACUGCAAACGGCCAGGUCAUUUUGCUAGAGAAUGCCCCAAUGUUGCAAUUUGUCAUAAUUGUGGUCUUCCUGGGCACAUUGCUUCAGAGUGUACAACAAAGUCACUAUGUUGGAACUGCCGGGAACCUGGUCACAUGGCCAGUAACUGCCCAAAUGAAGGCAUCUGCCACACUUGUAGUAAGACUGGACAUCGCGCCCGAGACUGCACAGCUCCCCCAAUGCCACCUGGGGACUUGAGGUUGUGCAACAACUGCUACAAGCAGGGUCAUAUUGCAGCUGACUGCACAAAUGAUAAGGCAUGUAACAACUGUAGGAAGACGGGUCACCUGGCACGUGAUUGCCCAAACGAACCCAUCUGCAACUUAUGCAAUGUAUCGGGGCAUGUGGCGAGACAGUGCCCCAGAGGCAAUGUUUUGGGAGAGCGGGGAGGUGGAGGAGGUGCAGGUGGUGGAAUGGGGGGACGCGGAGGCAGUUACCGUGACGUUGUAUGUAGGAACUGCCAGCAACUUGGCCACAUGAGCAGGGAUUGCAUGGGCCCCUUGAUGAUCUGUCACAACUGUGGGGGACGAGGACACUUGGCAUACGAGUGCCCUUCGGGAAGAUUCAUGGAUCGCUACCCCAGGAGGUACUGAGAGGUGGCAGAGUGCCCUCCGGCAUUUACCCUUCGUCUCGAGCAAGCAUUUCUUGUUUAGGUUUUAGAUUGAAGGUUGAAACUUUAAACAGUAUGAGGAGUUGAAUUGAGAUUUUAUUUUAGAAGAUUAUUUUUGAAUUUUUGGCAAUUACUGCAAAUAUAACUGUAUGUAAUUACGUUUUAUGUUGUGAUGCCUGCGUAUUUUUGUUUUC